UCUUUCUUCAGUUGGCUAAAGCAGAAAUUGAGCUCUCACUUUUCCUUCAAGUGAAGGGUGUAGUCAUAGUAAGCUUUAUUGUCUGACCUAUGACUAACUUUUUUUUGUUCAAACAUUAUGUGUAUGCCCAAUAAAUACAUCUGUGCACGUUUUGAAAGCUAAAAGCAGUUUUAACUGUUUCACUUUGUAAGGAUAAUUUUGGGGGGCCUUUCAGUAAUUUAAAAAAAAAAAAAUCCCAAACCCCCAAAUCAUCUUGUGUUCCUUGUUUUAUGAUUUAUGCUAUUCCUGGCAGCAUGUGGUUUGGUAGAGACAGAACUUACAAAGUCUCGACUGACCAGACAGAAGUUGAUUUAGACUCUAGUGUUUUGAGGGGAGAUGGAAAAAUAUUAAGUCUUAGUUUCUUUUUAUGGUGUUCAUCUCGCUGCCCGUUUGAAAUUGAAGCAUUAAUCACAGUUGUUUAUGUUGGUUGGGGUUUUUGUUUGAAUCUGGAGGAAAUAUGCAACAGGGAGGUUGUAGAUGUAUUUUUAGCUUUAAUCAGUGAAGAUACAAAGAUAUUCUAAAGCAAGUCCUGCAUUUACUAAAUACGCUUAUUAAUAGCGUUAGGAAUGAAUCUAUAAAAUGUAUGAGGUGUAGUAAACCCAGGUUAUUAUGCUUGUUUAAAGCACUAGUGCUUCAGUAUAUGUUAAUACUCAAUUUUAAUGUCUCUUUUAAAAUGAACGAAUAAGUAAAAGAAGCACAGAAGGUGCCAGUUCUUGUGCUAAUUUAGAGGUGAUAGCUGCAAAAAUGCUCUAUGGUUUAAUUCAUGGGCAAAGGUCCAGAAAGCCAAACAAGCAUUUUAAAACCCAACAUGUUAUGUAAAGAUAUAUAAAUAGGUCCUACUCCAGUAGGUCUGGUUUUGUUAGCUACCUAAGUAGAUUUAAUGGAACAAAAUCAGUUUUAGGCAUACCAGAACAACUCUGUAGGAGGAAAAUGAGCUCAAUAUAUCUUUGUUUCUGUGAAACGCAUGCUCUCCUUUCAGUGAAGGCAGCUAGCCUAGCAGGGAUGUUUGCUUUUAGCGAGAAUAACUUUAACUGUCCAUAGGAACCGUAUUGGCAGAAGCUGUUCAGGAAUGUGUUAAAUGGAUUCCACCAGAAGCUCUUUCUCCUUUGCCAGCGCCAUCUACUCCCAGGUCCGUGCCCGUGCGUGAGGUUGCGGCCGUAGCUGCCACGUGCCUGCGCAACCUUCCGCGGCAAAAUGACUUGCUGCCUGCCGUGGGAGUCCUGGACCUGUGUCCUUGCGGCUAGAAGCUGGAGGCAUACGGGGGAGCGAAGUCAGAUGGAGUUACUAGAGACUGGAUAGCACUGGAAAGCUCUGCUGUCCCUGAUAGUUUUAUGAGAGUUCAUUUGAACUCCAGAAAACUGGGAAGAAGAGAACCAGAGGGGAAAGGAGCAUUCUGAUAAGUUUCUCUCUUCUGACCCUAUCAUGCUUGUGUUUCCCUCUGCUGGCCUCUGUAUGUGGACCACCUUCUGUUCUGUUCAGCCUAUUUAGGAGUUGACUUAAGUGCAGGCUCUUAGUCUGGUGCAAAGCUGAUGGGUGGGAGCAAAGGUAAAGAAUGAUGUAAUGCAGUGGCAGCCAGAAAGCAUCUUUUGUUUGAAUUGUGAAAUGGCCACUCCAUAGUCAUCUCCUGAUGAAUCAGAUGUGAGGGACUGUUUUGUGGAACGAACCCUUUGUAAUGGCACAUCAACUGGAAGCAGGAGGAGACAUUCAUUUGAAGAGCUCUUUCUGAAAAUGGGUUUAACUUUUCUUUUGCCAGUCACUACCAGCAUGACCUCAUACACUUCUAGUACAAUGGUGUGGCUAAGCCUUUGAGUACACAGCCAUUACAUCAUCGCAGCAAAUUAGAGAGGGAGGUGGUAAAAGAGGCCUUAUUGUUGUCAUGGCCGAUGAGAUGAUCAGGACUCAACUCAUUGUCGCUGAGAAGUUGGUGGCUUUGCUGGAGAGCGGUACAGAAAAAUUGCUACUGAUUGAUAGCCGCCCCUUUGUGGAAUACAAUACAUCCCACAUCUUGGAUGCCAUCAACAUCAACUGCUCCAAGCUUAUGAAGCGGAGGCUGCAGCAGGACAAAGUUUUGAUUACAGAGCUCAUUCAGCAUUCAGCAAAACACAAGAUUGAAAUUGAUUGCAAGCAGGAAGUGGUGGUGUAUGACCAAAGCUCUAAAGAUGUGACCUCUCUUUCAUCUGACUGCUUUCUUACUGUGCUCCUGGGCAAACUGGAGAAGAAUUUCAGCUCUGUAUAUCUGCUUUCAGGUGGUUUUGCUGAAUUCUCCAGUUCUUUCCCUGGUCUCUGUGAAGGAAAAUCCACACUCGUCCCUACUUGCAUUUCUCAGCCCUGCCUACCUGUCUCCAACAUUGGGCCAACCCGAAUUCUGCCUCAUCUCUAUCUUGGGUGUCAGCGAGAUGUCCUUAACAAGGAGCUGAUGCAGCAGAAUGAUAUUGGCUAUGUACUAAACGCUAGCAAUACUUGUCCAAAGCCUGAUUUUAUUCCUGAGUCCCAUUUCCUGAGAGUGCCUGUGAAUGACAGCUUUUGUGAGAAAAUUUUGCCUUGGUUGGAUAAAUCAGUGGAUUUUAUAGAAAAAGCAAAAGCAUCCAAUGGACGUGUGUUAGUGCACUGUUUGGCUGGAAUAUCUCGCUCUGCCACAAUUGCUAUUGCAUAUAUCAUGAAGAGAAUGGAUAUGUCCUUAGAUGAAGCUUACAGGUUUGUGAAAGAAAAAAGGCCAACCAUUUCUCCCAAUUUCAACUUUCUGGGCCAGCUUUUGGACUUUGAGAAAAAGAUUAAGAACCAGAGCGGUCAGCCUGGACAUAUUAGUAAGCUCAAACUUCUGCAUUUGGAAAAAAGCAGUGAGCACGUGCUGGUCCCAGAAGGUGGGCAGAGCAGCCUCUCCACCAGUCAGCUCUGCAUUACCUCUACCUCCGAGAUUGUGGAGCAGAAGCCAAUGGACUCCGGAAGUGUGCCAGGCACACGCUUGCCGUCUUUGGAAGAUAGCCCGCUGGUACAGGGCAUAAAUGGACUCCACGUGUCUCUAGAUAAGGUAGAAGACAGCAACCGGCUGAAGCGCUCCUUUUCUUUGGAUAUCAAAUCUGUGUCCUACUCAGCAAGUAGCAACUGCCUGACUGCAUCUGUUCAGGGCUUUGCCUCCUCUGAAGACACUCUGGAGUACUACAAACAUGCGACCGCUUUAGAUGGUGGCAGCAAGUUGUGUCAGUUCUCCCCUGUUCAGGAGGUCUCGGAGCAGACCCCAGAAACCAGCCCUGAUAAGGAGGAAGCAAACCCUCCCAAGAAGCCCCAGAGCCCCUGGCAGCUGGAUAGCCAGAGCAAGCGGCAACACCUGGGGAGAGCCAGCGGUAGCACCGCCACGCAGCGGUCGCUCUUGUACCCCCUCCACCGCAGCGGGAGCAUGGAAGACAACUACCGAACAAACUUCCUGUUUGGUCUCUCCACUAGUCAGCAACAUUUGGCAAAGUCUGCAGCUGGGCUGGGCCUCAAAGGCUGGCACUCGGACAUCUUGGCUCCUCAAACAUCUGCCACGUCCCUUACCAACAGCUGGUAUUUUGCAGCCGAGUCCUCACACUUCUACUCUGCCUCUGCCAUCUAUGGGAACAGCGCGGCUUACUCUGCCUACAGCUGCAGUCAGCUGCCCACGGGCUGUGACCAAGCCUGUGCUGUGCGCAGGAGGCCAAAGCAGGGUGAUCGAGGUGACUCCAGGCGGAGCUGGCAUGAGGAAAGCUCUUUUGAAAAGCAGUUUAAGCGCAGAAGCUGCCAGAUGGAGUUUGGGGAGAGCAUCUUGUCAGACAACAGAUCCAGAGAAGAACUGGGGAAAGUAGGCAGUCAGUCAAGCUUUUCAGGCAGCAUGGAAAUCAUUGAAGUGUCUUGAAGCAGCAGACCUGGGUGACUGUACCAGAGUUGCUUCCCCCUCCAGGCCACUCCCCCAGUGUUUAAAAGUUCCCUGUAAAUCUGAAAAGAGCAAACUUUAUACAGAAGUGUGUGUAUGGGCGGAGGGGGGGGAGAUGUGGGGUUUCAGUGUGAACGGAGUGACUAGAUUAAUACAGCAAAGAAAGGACAAGUGAGCAUCUGCAUGAGGAGACCAAAUGUACUGUUGGGUUUUUCUCCUCUCCUUUCCUGGAGAAGGGCAGAGCAUUUCAAACGUUUUGCCUGGCAGAAGAAGCCAUUAUAUGCAAUGGAUUGCACAUCCUUUCAAUGUUUCCAAUGGGGAGCUGUCUUGGUACCAGACCAUUUCUCUGGUUCCACUGAGACAUGCUCCUACUGAUCAAAACUAGUCUGAUUCUCCCCUCCCCCUGCCCUAUGUCUUCACCGGUGCACCUUAGCCCUGACACUGAGCCAUCCUCUGGAGGGAGACCUUUUUUCUGUAAGAAGGGAGACUGGGAGUGAGUCCAAAGGAAGUAGGGACUGGUUACAGCAAGGCUGGUCUGAAAACAGAGUUCAGACAAAUGUAAAUAUUGGUGUAACUAUUGUUCUAAUGGAUAGGCUUUAGAUGAUUUGCUAGAGAGCUGCUUCAGAGAAAAACCAGUACCUCAAAAAUAUAAAAAAUAAACUUAGGGCUUUAUGGCUGCCAGUUGCUGGUAGUCAGUUCAUAAGCAAUGUGAACAAGUAACAACUAGCCACAUCUGACUUUUUUUUUUUUUAAAGCUGUCUACGCACAAGUGUUUCAGUUGGCUUAGCAGCCAUUUUUUAAAGAAGACAAAUGAACCAGACUUACGACUAUUUCCCCCAGUCUUUUUAAACAUAAAGUAAGCAGGAUUUAUAUUUUUGAUAUGGGGUUAUUAAACUGGCUUCUGGGAGCGGGAUAGCUAUUUUGGCUUCUGAGCUGUAAUGGAGUGGUUAAUACUUAGGGCUAUGUGCAAGAGAGAAGUGGCUGGUCAAAAUACUGCAGAAUCCUUUUUUUGGACAACUCAGUAGAUGAGUUUUGAAGCUUUUUUUUUUUUUCCUUCUUCUUCUAAAAAUGAAUAGUAGGGUUUGGUGGGAUGAGCAGUUGCAUUAAGGAACUGCUCCUCAUACACAGUUUCAGUUGCAUGUCCUAAAAGACUGAGGUGGAGAUGACUUGUUUUUUUUCCAGUAUCCUCGCCCAAACUGUGGGGACUCUGAGACAGAUGCUCCCUAUCAGGUUUGCGGACUUCAUCUGAGGAGGUCUGUUUUUGUUGGAUAACUAAAGAGAAGGGGGACUGCAGAGCCCCUGCUCAUAAUAUGUGAGAGAAACACAGGUUGCGAGGAGACAGCUUUAACAGCAAGCCUGCUCACUCUCCAGCACGUGCAGCUCCAAAGGGACUUCAUUCAGGCUGUUGUCCUCUGUCCCUGGCUGGGGUCUCGGUGUCCCCGGGCGUCGAUGCAUGGUUUGGCUGCGGGAGCUGCGCUGCUGCUGGCCCACGCGCCUGUCCAAUCUGCACCAACCCGGAGCAUCUGCCAGCUCACGGAGGUGUCAUUCCCUGCUGCCUGCAGGGGUGUUUCACGGGAGAUUAGGCACAACCUUUACGCUGUGUUGUCUUCCACCUUGAACCAGCUGCUUCCCCUCCAGCUUGUGAUUCUUGCGGUACGUUGGCUGCCGCUUCUCAAAUUGCCGUGUAUUACUGUAAGAGGCUUACAGUAAGCAAGUAACGGUACCAGAGGCACAAGUGGUCGUGUGCUCUUGAGCUCUGCCCCAGGACCCUUCCCAAUGUGCAGGGGGGGGGGUAUAGGCCCCAGCAUUUUGUCCAAUUUCAGUGCAGGCAGCUGAAAAUUAUAAAUCAAAUGUAACAUAUUUGCCCCGGGCCAACAGCUUUUAGAAAAAAAAUUUGUCAGUGGAGGGCACUGAAGCCCUAAUUCCAGUCAGCAGCUUUUUUUCUUCUUUUUUUCUUUUUCUUUUUUUCUUUUUUUACUCUAAAUUUAGCUAGUUUGUGACUCAAAUCUCAGGUUUUACUAUAUUGAAAAGUGGAGAGAAUUUUUGUCGUCUUGUUUUGUGGCUAGGAUGUGACUUAAUUUCCUAUGAUGGACUGCUUAAGAUAGCACUGAAAGCUACAGCAUUGAUUAACUUGAUCCUAAAAAGUGCAAGAGGCACACAGAGAGGCAGCAACAGGAGUAAUUGAACCCGGAGGCUGUGUUCGUGACGUGUGUAUGAAAUGCCGGAAGAAAGGGUAGUCUGGACAAGAGAUAGGUUGACACCACGCUGUAAAGCAUGUCAGGUCUUGGCUAUUCAUUAAACAUACAGCCACUUGUCUAUGUUUACAUAUCAAGUGAAAGUGAUUACAUUACAACUAUUUUCAGCAUAUAUACACACUCUGUGUGUGUGUGUGUGUGUAUAUAUAUAUAUAUAUACACACACACACAUGUAAACUAUUUAGCCGUGCUCCUCUCAGCCAGAUUUCAGUUAAAGCCCAUGUCUUUCUUUGAUUUAAAUUGGUUAAUGGGGGAAAAACACAUAAAUAAAUCCCUGCAGGCAAAAACAGAAUCUUCCUGGGUUUUGUGCUCAUUCAUGUGUGUGUCCUUCCUCCUUCUCUCUCUUGUAUUCUUUCUCUCUCUCUGUGUGUGUGUGUGUACACACACACACACGUACACACACACACACACACAUGUUUGGGUUUUGUUUGUUUAAUCUCUUUCUGGGGAACUGAAUUCUGGUGUUUGGGCUCCUCGUGAUUUCCAACAUGCUGCAGUCAUUGACUGAAUCGAAGCUGGAGGCUCGGUAUGCCAGGGGACAGGGCCGUACAGGAGGAAGCCUAAAGCCCAGAUCCUGUGCAGGGUGGUACCCCAUUUCAUUUCUGAACUAGUGUCCUGUACCUGAACAAUGCUGGAAAUGGUUUCUAGAUGUUUGGAAAGCAAAGUGGAAGAUGGGAGGAGGAGAAAAGUGUACAUGUUCAAUAUGAAUAUAAUGUUCUUUGGUGUAUGGCAGGCUGGUUAAAUGGUUCAGAGAGAUGUGA